AUAAUAUUAUGGCGGAUCAAAUAGUAACUACUACUUUGGCAACAAUUGCCAAUCAACUUGUUUUAGCUACAGAAAAUUCAAAAGAUUCAAAUAGUGGUGAUGACUCUAAUAGUAUUUUUAAAACAGAUGUAGAUAUUGGUGAUGAAAUUAGUCGAUUUUCACGUUCUCAACUAACAUUUGCUGCUGUACUCACAAUAAUUAUUAUGAUAGUAGGUAUUUUUGGAAAUAUUUUAACAACAGUAGCUUUACUUAAAUGCCCUAAAGUGAGAAAUGUUGCUGCGGCAUUUAUAAUUAGUUUAUGCAUAGCUGAUUGUAUUUUUUGUGCAGCAGUAUUACCAUUUAAUGCAUUUAGAUUUAUAGAGGGUACAUGGACACAUGGAGAUUUCUUAUGUAAACUUAUACCAUUUAUACAAUAUGGAAAUAUUGGAGUUUCUUUACUUUGUAUAGCUAUGAUUACAAUUAAUAGAUAUAUUAUGAUAGCACAUCAUACAUCAUAUGCAAAAAUUUAUAAAAGACAUUGGAUUGGUGCUAUGAUAGUAUUUUGUUGGGUUUUUUCAUAUGGAAUGCAAUUACCAACUUUAUUAAGUGUAUGGGGUAAAUUUGGUUAUGAUGAAAAACUUGGAACUUGUUCUAUAUUACAAGAUCGUUUUGGUCGAAGCAGUAAAACAGCUUUAUUUGCAAUUGCAUUUGUAACACCUUGUAUUAUAAUUGUAGCAUGUUAUGCAAAAAUAUUUUGGGUAGUUCAUGAAUCAGAAGUUCGAAUGAGAAAACAUGCACAUAAACAAAAUUCAAUACCAAACAAUAUGAGACAAAUGCCAAGUAGUACAACAAUUAAUAGAGCUGGAACAAGUUCAGCUGCAGUUAGAGCUUCACAAGUAUCAUCAAGUUCAUUUGAAAAUACAAGCGGCGGUGCUGGUGGCGGUAAUGGUACUGGUACAGAAAAUAAACAAAAAGCUCUCAGAAUAAAAGAUCAUCGUGAUGCGCGAGCUAAACGUAAUGAAUGGAGAAUAACAAAAAUGGUUUUAGCAAUAUUUUUAUCAUUCGUUGCAUGUUAUUUACCAAUUACAAUUGUUAAAGUUUUGGAUCGUGAUGUACAUUGGCCAGGUUUUCAUAUAUUUGGUUAUAUUAUGUUAUAUUUAUCAGCUUGCAUUAAUCCAAUUAUUUAUGUAAUAAUGAAUAAACAAUAUAGGCAAGCGUAUAAGACUGUUUUAACUUGUAAACCAACAAGACUGUUACCAUUCAAUGGUGGAAGUAGUAAUGGAGAGAAAUGGAAAGACAUCGGGUUCAAAUUCGACAAUCACAGCCGUACAAUGGUAUCACAGGUUUCCCUUGCAGAUCCAAACAGUAUAAGCAGUAUCAGUCACAGCAACCAAUUACAGCAACAUCAACAAAACCCAACAUCAAAUACGGUGGAACUUAUACAUACGAAUUUAAAGUCCCAACAACAUUACAACAACAACAAUCAUAUUCACCCAAUCAAUACAUCACUGAACAAUACAACUGUGACAAAUCCAAACAAGAUGGAUCAAACUCAAUUCCAAUCACAAAAUUCUAUACUCUCCAAUCGAAAUGGGGAAUCAAACCAAAUUGGUCAGCUACAUUACACCAAUAUCCGACAAAACAACAGAUUGAAUUGGUUAAUGAACACGAGAACCCCAGAGAACAACAAUUAUACAAUAGAAAAUAUGAACAAUAUUUCACACAAUUCCCAACAGCCGUUAACCGAUACGAUAAUAAAUCACCCUCUCCAAUCCAAUGUAUUAAACAACAACAAUUUAACAACGAACAAUCAAACCGAGAUACCGAUAUACAGUCCAAUAAACAAACCGAAAAUUUCUCAACAGCAACAACAACAACAGCAACAAAAAAUAUCAGCGCAAUUGGAAAUUCCACCUCAAAAACCGAUUAUAACAACAUCAACGGAAAAUGUUUUAGAACCCCAACAAAGACAAUAUCAACAACCACAAUCAGAAAUCCAGGCUAUCGUUACAAACCUCCCAUUACAACGGCAACAAUAUAUCCCUCGCCACGCUAUUCAGCGUCCAGGUAUUCGCAUCACAUUGGACGAGGGGGACGUAAUAAUCGAAGAGGACGAAUCAGCUGCAAUCUCCCAAAUAUCAUCGACGGUAGAACCUACUUCUAUGAAAAUGACAACAAUAUCCCCAAACGAGAAAACAUCAAAGCAAUUACUAACGAACAAUUUAAACGACAUUCCAGAUAACAAUAAUAAAAUAAUAAAAGAAGCUAAUAAUGAUAAUAAAAUUAAAAAUGAUAAUAAACAAAAUACUGAUGAAAAUCUAAUACCAUUAGAAACUCAAAAUAGAAAUUUUCAAAAUAGAAUUUAUGAAAAUGAUAGUGUGAGAUUUUAAUAUAAUUAUUUUCUUAAAUAUAUAUUUAAAAACAAAUACUAUACGUACAUAUAUAAUUGCAGUAUAAAUGUAGAUAUAAUAAAUUAUUGACCAAAAAAAAUUCUCAAAGAAUUAUAGUUUAAAUUAAUUUAAUUCUAUAGAUUUGUAGUUAAAUCUUUUCUUUUUUUUUUUAGAGUAUACAAAAUUUCAUUAAAAUUAGAUUAUAUUAAUUUAUAAAUUAAAAAAUAUAAAAUUAAAUUUAAACGCGGAAAUUGCAUUUAAUUUUCAAAUGAAGAAAAAAAUCAUAUCAUUUUUAAUAACUCAGUGGAUUUUAUUUGUUAAAUAUAAUAAUGAAGUUGAAUCUGAUUGGCAGCUACACUGUUAAUUAUUUAAUAAUAACUAAUAAGAAAUCUAAGUAUGUGAGCAUCACACAUAUCAUUCAUAAUAUUAAAAUCAAAUUCAAUUCAAUGUAAAUAAAAAUUUUAUCAAUUUUAAUAUAUUUUUAAAUUUUCAUUAAAAAAUUGAUUAAAAAACGCAUUUAACAAUUAUACUACUUUAUAUAAAAUAUUUAAGAAUUACUAUAAAUUUUAAGAAUUAAGCUAUAAAACAUAUUUUUUUUUUUUAAACACAUAAUUAUUUAUGACCAAA